AAGAGUCGCCACGCGACGCGGCUCGUUUUAAAAAAAAGUGGGUGGGUGGUUUGCUGUGACGUUUUACCGCGUGCAAGCAGUAGGCGGGGUUUAAAGCAAAGCAAAGGAGGCGGACGUGUUGAGCUAGUUAAGAACUGUAAGAGAGGACCCAGGACAUUGGACACCAUGCCGAUUCGCAGGAGUGUAGCAUCAUCACAAGAGGCUCCCUCUAAAAAAGCUCCAGCACCUGCACCAGAACCGGAGAAAGCUGAUGCAGAUGUGAGCUCCGAGGAGUCUGCCUCAACUGGGGAGGAGCAAGAAAACGAAACUCCUGCUGCUGCACCUUCUGAAACUGAGAAAUCUAAAUCGAAAGAGGAGGAGGAGGGGGACGAAGAGGAGGAGGAGGCUGAAGAGAAGGAGAAAGAGAAGGAGAAGGAAAAGGAGAAAGAGAAGGAGAAAAAAGAGAAGAAAAAGAAGAAAAGCGAUACAGAAACAGCCCCCGAGGAGAAGAAAGAAGAGAAUGAUGAAUCUAAAGAAAAGGAGAAAGAAAAGAAGGUGAAAAAGACCAUCCCGUCAUGGGCUACCCUUUCUGCAAGCCAGCUGGCUCGCGUACAGAAGCAAACUCCUCUGUCAGCGUCUUCUCGUCCGAAGAUGGAUGCUAUCCUGACUGAGGCCAUCAAGGCUUGUUUACACCGUAGUGGUGCAUCUGUGGUAGCAAUUCGUAAAUACAUCAUUAACAAGUAUCCUUCUCUGGAUCUGGACCGUAGGGGUUACCUUCUGAAGCAGGCUCUGAAACGUGAGCUGACGAGAGGUGCUAUCAAACAGGUGAAGGGAAAAGGUGCAUCUGGUAGUUUUGUCAUGGCUGGAGGUGCUGGAAAACCAACUCAGAAGACCAAAGGGUCUAAAAAGAAAAAAGGUGCUGUUGUACAGGAACAGCCUGAAAAAUUGGAGGAUGCCCUUCCUUUGGUAUUCACUCGUCUUUGUGAACCGAAAGAAGCAUCGUAUGGACUCAUUAAGAAAUAUGUUGCCCAGCAUUAUCCUAAACUCUGUGUGGAUGCCAGACCACAGCUGCUGAAGAAUGCCAUACAACGAGCAGUCGAAAAGGGAUAUUUGGAACAGAUCACGGGCAAAGGAGCAACUGGAACAUUCCAGCUUAAAAAAAAGUCAGGAGAUAAGUACUUGCUGAGUGGUGGUCCCUAUGAAGAUGCCAUUCUGAGUGCGAUUACUGCCAUGAAUGAACCAAAAACCUGCUCAACUACUCUGCUUAAGAAGUACGUGCUGGACAAGUAUCCAUCCUCUAACUCCAGGCUUCAAGUACACUUUCUAAAGCGAAUUCUGAGGAAGUGUGAAAAGAACGGCUGGAUGGAGCAGAUCUCUGGGAAGGGCUUCAGCGGUACCUUCAUGCUGUGCUUCCCCUAUUACCCAAGCCCAGGUGUGCUGUUCCCAGACAAGCAGGCUGAAGAGUCUUCAGAUGAGUCUUCAGAUGAGGACACUGAGGAGGAGGAUGAAUCUGAAGAAUCUGAGGAAGAAUCCGAAUCUGAAGAGGAAGAACCUCCUAAAAAGAAAGCUAAUAAGCGGCCAAAGAGGCCAGCCCCAAAGGCUAGAGCUCGGGCAACUCCUCAGAAACGGACGGCAGUUCGAUCUAAAUCCAAACCAAGUAAAGAGCUUCCUGCUAAGAAGGAGAAAGCAAAGAGUACCCCCAAGAAAGAAGAGGUAGCCCCACCAAAACCUGCGCCACCUCCAAAGAAAUCGAAACCAGCUCCAGUUUCUGCCAAGAAAGAAAACGAGACUCCCAAGAAAGCAGCUUCUUCUGCUAAGGGGACACCAUCUCCUGCCAAGGGAAAGACCAGCACUAGGAGGUCAUCGAGAGCGAAAUAGUGAAAGAACAGAUUCAUUGUGAUUGGAGGGGCUUUUCUUUCUUUUUUUUUUUUUUUUUUUUAAGUCAACUUAAAUUUUUAGGCCUUAGGGUUCAGAAAAUCCAUCUAGUUAGAGUUCUACAGGUGAGGAUUAGAUCUGAAUAUUACUUUUUAGAUGUUUAUACAAGAUUUUUUAUACCACAAUAUGAAAAGGGCAUUUUUGUGUCCUAAUUAAAUGUAGUGUCCUGUGGCAAGACUUGGAGACCUUUUUAGUGAGUUAAAUUGUUUAGUUUUUUCUUUUACAGCCAUUUGCUGCUGACUUGGUUAUACCAGGUAACCAUUCCCUAGCUGUUAGGUAGUGUAACCAGUAUUGUUUCUGAUUGCAGUAAAUCCUGAAAAAAUGCACCCUGCUAUUUUGUUGGAAUAUUUAUUUAGAAAUGCUUCUUUGGGAGUAUACAUACCCUACUGUCUGGUCGUCAGUGUUGCCAGUUUAAUAAUUAAUCCCUGUUCUGGCAAAGCAUGAUCUCCAGUGUGUGCGUGUUGGCUUUAGACAGUGUAAGCAAGAACACCAGUGUGACAUACCGUGUUUACCAGUUGUCCUGUAUGGAGUCAGUUUUCCCACUAAAAAUCUUGUGUAUUCAAAAAAAGUCAUUACUCUCUUAAAAUGUGCUCUUUCAAAAUCAAUGUUGCCUAUGCAGGUGAUUUAUUACUGGAGAUUCCACUUGAUUUGAACCCUCUAAUUUUGGAGUAAUGUUUCUAAUUUUGGAGUAAUAUUUUGUGCUGCUGUUAGGUUUUAUCAGCCUUUUUGAGUUUAAUUGUUGGUGGAAUGCAAAUGCUUUCUUGAAGGAAUGAUCAUGUUUCAGGUUGAAGCUGUUUAGAACCUGCGUCAGCGAAGUAAAGGAUAAGUAGCUUGCUGUACUCAAAUGGUAGUUUAAAUCAAACCCCCCCCCCAUUUUACAUUUUCUCUUUAUCUUGUUGAAAAGUACACUGGGACAUAAUAUGCAUGCUAUCUGGUAACAUUAGUAAGCCCUUAAUGUUCUAUCCCAUUGUUAAUGCUGGCUGACUGCAAUCUUUCUGACUUUGCCACUGUGCAUAGAAACUUGCAGAAAGUUAAGGGUUUGAGAUGUAUUUAGUUUGCUUUCUACUUUUCCAAUUUUUUUAGAUGUUGCAGGAUAGCCAUUUUAACAAGCCAUUGAAGUUCAUGUCCCAAGUGUGUCCAGAUGAGCAAUGUCUUGCCAUGAUACCGGACUCUCUCUUUUCCAAGUCAAGUCUGGAUGAAUGCUUUAUCUCUUAAAUUUCCAGUCGCUGAUAUCAGUCUUAUUGAUGUUCCAUUUAACACAGGAAAUCCCUUGUAGUGCAUUUUCUGUUUCUGCACAGAUGGUGAUUUGCUGUUUGUGGGAUUUUCUGUUUUCUCUGUAGUGUGAUUGUGGAGUUAAUGUUUGGGGGUUGGCAGGGGUGUAGCUCCCCUUACAGUUGUGGUGCAUUAGUUUCUUGUGGUUGGAGCUUUGUCAAAAUGGAGUAACAUCUUGUGGUUCAAAAUCACCCCUUUAGCAAAACUGGUUAAGUCAAAGGCACCAGACUGAAUUUGUGGCAAGUCAUAAUGCUAAGUUUAUUGCUGUUUUCGGAAAUUGCAGCCCAUGCCAUUUUAGGAGUUUUGUGAAGGAACGCAUCUGUAAGUUGGUAGGAGCAGACAUUAAAACAUUCUGGCUCAUUGUUGGCCCCCCUGAUAUAACUGUCCUCAGUGGCCCUUUAAUUACUAAUGUGCCCCCCCCCCCCCCCCCAAAUUUACAUUGUUUCUGAUUUGCAGGAACCCUAUCUUUCAGUGCUGUACAUCACACCAUCUGGUCUUUCAACCUAGAGACAUUUUAAUCAUUCUUGUAAGCCUGCUACAUGUGGUUUGAAGAUGAGGAACUGGAGUGCAUGCUGAUGUGCCUUUUCACCUAGAUAGAAAAUAUGAAGUCCCACAUAGUGACUGCUGGACACAUUUGCUGACCGUUGUUGUUGGGGAGGAUAGGUUCUGGAUGGAGCCCCUUGGCAUCAUGCUGUCUAAAUUGAUUGAUCUGUUGGGGAUGCUGUUAACCUUCCUCAUUUAAGUUUGUCCUAUAAUCAUAAUUUAAUGUGCUGUAGUACGCAUACUUACUGAUCUACUUGGCAGCUGGUAGUGGGGAUGAGUGGAAGGUUAUUUACCAGUUAGAUUUGCGGCAUUUUUGAGUAUUGGCUAGGCAUUCGCCAAGUUUAAAAUUUCUGGAGAACAGGUCAGAGAAUUAAGGAAUCUAUUUCUGCCUUUAGCUGUAGAUGGACAGGGAAGGGUUCCCUGGUGUGAAAAAAAACCUGCUUUGUUUUAAGGCUGAAUGCAUGAUGGUGUGCUGAAAGCGGUUAAAGCUACUAAAACCGCUUGUCUUUUUUUAAUGAAUGUUUGCUGGCCCAGGAUAAUCCGAUGCGAGUUAAACUUUUUUUUUCUUAUAACAUAGUUGCAUCUUAACAUUUCACUUCCAGGUGUCAGGUCAAGUACGAUUCCUCCUUGGUUUUCUGAUAACAGUACUGGUUCAACUGCUUAGUUUUCAACAUUUUUUGUGAUCUUUUAAAUUUUUACUUAUUUAAAAAUUAAAUUUGGCAGAUUUUUUCAUAUUUGAUGCUCUGUUUAAUUCAGUUUUAGUUUAUUCAGCAGCAGACCCUCCCCCCAAUACUGUUGAAGCAGAAGUUGUACUUUGAUGCACUUCAGAGCUGCCUUAGAGGUGCUAUUGCAAUUUGCAAUGUCCUUAACUUAGCAAAUGAGUUUUUAAAAGAAAUAUAGUAAAUGAAUGGGCAAUGUAACAUUGCUUUGAGUUUCUUGUAAUUUUUUUCACCACCUGCUGUUGGGCAUAAUUCAUAUGAAUUUUGUUUUUUUUUUUUUUUAAUGCAUGGAGCAAAGGAUCACCAAAUAUGCACCACUUUAAGUCAGAUUUCUAUUUGCUUUGGUUCCUUCAUUUAGUUUAAACAGUGCAAUCUCUUAUGAAUGAAACCAAGUAAGCUAUAGUGCGGCGAAUUGUCUUUCUUCUGUAGUAUGUUUCUUGAACAGGAUAUUUCUUCCCGCCAUCAUAUUUUUCUCAUCUUUUUGAAAUAAGGCAAUUUAAUGGAAUAUAUUCUUUAGCCGUGAACUUUGUCAUUGACCACCUGCGCUACCUAAAAAGCACUUAAUUACCUCCUGGUUGUAGUGUUUUCAAGUGAACCCAUUGCCAGACAUAAAAAUUAAGUUGACUUAAAUGCAGUACUAAAGUUGUAAAAGUAAGAGGCUAUUAAAACUGAUUUGAAGUGUCACUGUAAAUUAAAAUUGGUUGUUAAGCAGAUAACGUGAUCGUAGUUAUCGAAUGGACAUUGUUUGGAAAUCUGUCCUAAAGUUGACAAAGUGGAGAGCUGUUCUUGUACUUUGUGAGCCUAGAGUUAAACAGCAUAUUCUCCAGUUUGCUUGUGACACUUGGUUUGUCUGGGUAUGGUUAGAAGGGAUGCAUACUGUACAGGGCAAAAUGAAGUUUUUAAAAUAGGUUCUUUUUUUUGUAUAUGGUCUAUACAUGUCCAUAGACUUUUCCAGCCAGUAUACCUUAACACAUACAGAAUAUGCAGUAAAGUCACUACAGGCACAGCUGAUGCUAAGGCUGUCCUAAGUGUAGCUCCUGUGGGAGUCAACACCGCUGCAUGUCGCAGAGAGCUUGGAUGGGGUGUGCUGGUGGGCAGUGAGGCAACCAUGGUGGUUUGAAAGUGCCGCAGCAUUGAGUUGUAAAUGUACACACUGUGACCAACCAGGUUUUACCAGUUAGCGUUUGGUUACUCUAUUCCAUUGACCAUGUUUUAGUGGUGGAACCUGAUGUAAAAAGGCCUUAAGCUGCUGUGUGCUUCGGGAGCCACAGAGAAAACACAUGUGCACUGUUGCUAAUGUCCUCCAGUUUUUGUCUGGCUGGCACUUUAUACCAGCAUCCCUGCUCACCAAGUAACAUUUAUUAAAAAGGUUAAUGUUUUCAUUGAGCUGUACUGGCUGAGAAAAAGCUUUGUGUUAACCCCACAUAUUUGAUACAUUUCUGCAUCUGUUACAACAGAGUGCUUGUUUCAUUUUAUUUAUGCGGUUAGGCUAAAAAAAAAAAACACAUUAGCCUGGAGUGAAAAACUGUAGAUACCUAAAGGAUUGUUUUGGUUACUUGUUGACAAAAGUCUAAGAUGUUUUGUAUCUUUCUGUAUAAUAGUGUGUUUUGAUUUUUUUGUAUUUUUACCAGCUUGGAGAAAAAGUUUGUUUCCCAAAUGGAAAAAAAACAGUGGAGAAUGAUUGUAAUCUUUGUUUUAUUUUAAAAUGUGCACCUGUUUGCUAGAGUAGAAAUGCUUUUAAAGAUAGGCGUAUUCCUUUUUUAAAGGAGAAGCAGUCUGACAUUUAAUGUCUGUUCUGAAAGAAAAUCAAAUGCUUGUUUUCUUUUGUUUGAAAGAUCUGUGACCUUAAAUGUGCUAAUAAAAGGCUUGAUUGCUAACCAAA